AUGUAUAGGAGUUUCAUCCUGUUUCUUGGACUGGCCACGGUGCCCCUGAUAUCUGGGACCUUAACCUUUAAUGCAACACUUAUAUGCGACCUGGUGGUCAAUGGAACCAAGAUGAACGAUCCGCGGGCCUGCAACGCGUGGAUUCAGUGCGUCGAUGGGAGUCCGGUGGCUGGAACCUGUGGCACUGGUCUCUUCUACGACCGCGAGAGCCAGAAGUGCCUGAGUUCCGCCAGCGUAAAGUGCUUGUCCAGUGAUCCCUGCGCCGCCCUGCCCACCGGAUUUGCAGCGGAUCCGUACUCCUGCAAUGGGUAUUACUACUGCAGCAAUGGCAAGGGAACCCAUGGGGUCUGCAACACGGGCAUGAACUUCAAUCCGGGGACCCAGGAUUGCAUCAGGGAUUUUCCCUGCUCGAAUAAGAUGGAUCCCGAUAGCUAUUGCAACAUCCUGCCCGAUGGCGUCUUCGUCAAGGACACGGACAACUGCAAUGGCUAUCAGAUGUGCUGGGAUGGCCAGGUGAUAAACGGCACCUGUCCCGGAACCUUCUACUUCAAGGCCUCCACUGCGCAGUGCGAUUAUCCGCAGGAUGUGGAGUGUGAUAACGUCAUUGCGCCGAAUAUCACCGAAAAGGGAGUGUGUCCCGAAACGGGAGGCUUCAUCUCGGACAAUCGCACCUGCAAUGGCUACUACUACUGCAAGGAAUUGGAUGGCGGAGAGUUCGCCCUGGAGCAUGGCGAGUGUUCCGAUGGAAGGUUCUUCCUGGCCACCGACGGCGGAGCCUGUGUGCCGCGCUCCAAGGUGAAAUGCUCCUACGACCGAUGCGUGGGACUGGGCAACACCACCAUUCAGCUGGCCAACGAAUCGAAUGACGGAUGCCACGGCUACUCGAUCUGCCAGGAUGGCCUCGUCAUUGGCCAGGGAACCUGCCCGCAGGAUGAGUACUUCGACGAGGUGACCCAGCGCUGCACCACCCAGGUUAUAUCCUAUGCCGCCUGCCAAAUGUCCGACGGAACCACCGGCUCCUAA